AUGAUGGCGUCUGGCGAAAGACAAGGCGUUCCUGUUGCCUUUAGAACUUUGUUGUGAUAGAGGCAUCCAUACUCUCCUAUGAGCGUCCCUUCCUGUGAUAGUGACAUCCGGAGUGUAGAUGUAACCCAUGUUUGUGUAAAAUGAGGUUGUGUUUUGUGCUGGUGGUGAUGGCGGUGGUUGAUCAGUGUUCAUCUUCGCUCAACCUUUACGUCGACUCUGACGACGUCAAGAAACUCCUCGGUGUGAGUUCCCAGCUGUGGUAUGUCCAAAACGGAACAGUGAAUAGAUAUGCCCUGGGCUACGUAGUGGUUGUGCCGCCGCACGUCGACCUCCUGACCUUCCAUUGGCAGGCCUUGGGAGGAAUGACGAUGCCAUAUAAUAUGUCAGUUCAAGUUGGUAAUCGUGAAGCUCUGGCACCCCCUGUGUACAACAUAAGUGAUCAGAGUAUAGUGCCAACAUAUCCCUCAUCCUGGACAAUAAGGUUGAUUUGCACUGGCAAACUAACCACUCAGGUGGAUGUGACAAUAACCUUAAAAGUGCCAAUGAGUACAUCAUUGGUAAAUACAACGACGCUCAACAUUCGAAGAAAGAAAAUAUGUUUGAGAGGAAAGGUUGGUGGAAUAACAGAACGCGAAGGAGAAGUUGAUGGGAUUUCAGUGGAGAUUCUGGAAGCACGACACUCCACUACUGUGGUCUACAUCACCAUUAGUUGUCUGGGAGUCUUCCUUCUGGUUGUGGCCUUCCUCGCCAUAUUUAAUCAUAUAAAGAACAAUAAAGCACGGCCAAACACUGGCAGACGACGUGGCACAGGUGCUUCUGAGCAAAGAACCGUUGGCAGAAGUACAGCAGGUGGUGGAAAUGUCCCUAACAAUCAAGUCAGCGGAGACAGUGGAGGAGCAGGCAAGACCUCCCAGUCCUCUCUCAGUGAGCUACGGAGAUCUCCACAACCAACAAAUACAACAGCUACCACAACCACCACCACAGGCAGUCCUGAGCCACAGUACACAGAUCCCAGGCUAAGUGAUAUAUCGGCCAAGUUAACAGGUCUCAGUGUCAGCAAGGAAACGCUCAAGCUGUUGGAGGUGGAGCAGGAAGGCACCUUUGGCAGGGUGUACCAUGCAGUGUACCAACCCCCUGACCAGAAGCAACCCCUCAGUGUCACUGUAAAAACAGUCAUUGAUGGAUCUAGUGAGGUACAGCGAUCAGUGUUGCUAAGUGAAGGGGUGAUGUUAGCAGGCCUGAACCAUGACCAGCUUCUAGGGGUUCUGGGAGCAGUAGUCACCCCCCCAGAGGCUCCACCAUGCAUCAUCUUCCCAAGGUCUUCACAAGGAAAUCUCAAAAGAUUUCUUCAAGGCUGUCAUACAUUGGUCACAAGGGAAGUUGUGGGUGUGGGUGUUCAAGUUCUACAAGCUCUGUCAUUCUUGCAUUCGCGGCUGUUGCUGCACAAGGAUGUAGCUACUCGCAACUGUGUUGUUGAUGAAGGGCUCCAUGUGAAGCUCACAGACUGUGCGCUCGCCAGGGAUCUCUUUCCAAGUGACUAUCACUGUUUAGGAGACAACGAAAACAGACCUAUCAAGUGGCUUGCUUUGGAAAGCCUGACACAUAAGGUCUUCACUCCAGCAGCAGAUGUGUGGUCAUGGGGUGUUCUGCUGUGGGAGGUGAUGACUCUUGGCCAGCAGCCUUAUGCAGAAAUAGAUCCCUUUGAAAUGUCUGCUGUCCUUCGCCAAGGGGUUCGCCUUGCACAGCCAAUAAACUGCCCUGAUGAGCUAUUCAAGGCCAUGACCUUCUGCUGGACAACGGCACCACGGGAGAGACCCACUGUAGAUGAGCUAGUGAUCUACCUCACAAACUUCCAGCAGCACCUCGAUAGAUAUGUGUGACACCAACUGGACUAUGGCUAAUUGGUGGCAUGGAGAAGAAGGAAAGUUUUGGGAAACAAAUAAAAAGAGUGAGAUUAAGUAAUGGAAA